AUGACAACCUCUACUGGCGUCAUGCAACAGCAAUUCUCAGGAAAACGAUCACAAGAAUCGUCGUCGUUGGUAACUUCAGUGGAUUCAUUCUCACCUUCGGAAUCCUUAUCAUCAUCAUCAUUAUCAUCAUCGUCAUCAUCAAAAUCAUCCAAUUCACCUUCGUCAAUCCGAACGAGCAAAUGGGAUAACGAUGUCGUUGAUACUUUGAUUAAAGCAUCAUUCUGGCGGCCUUAUGAACGUCAAAGAAAGAAUAAUCUGUCGAAUAUGAUGCGUAUUGGACGUCGUCGUAAGCGUAUUGCUAAUAGAAGCACCAACAAUCAGCAUUCACAACCUGCUGCUGAUGUUGCUUCGAAAGUGUUUUGA